AAAAAAGCGCACCUUGCAAUGUUGCGCAAGAAAUCGCCGAAUGGGGUUGUCAAGGGCAAGGUGUCAGAGGACGACUUGGAAGAAGCCCCUUCGUUCAAGGUUUUGACCUUGAAUCUUAAAAUGGGCCAUGCUCGCGACAUGCUCGCGACAUUGGACAAACAAGCAAUAGCCUCGUUGUUGGAGGAACGCAUGAACCAGCUGGUUAAGCACCUUUUGUCUUUGCGGGAACGGAUUGAUGAUACCACCUCCAAGGUCUUUGUAACCGGCGAUUUGAACGCUGGCAAGUCCACGUUCUGCAAUGCACUUCUUAAAAGACGAGUUUUGCCCGAAGACCAGCAGCCAUGCACCAGCGUGUUUUGUGAAGUGGCGGACGCCUCAGACAAUAGCGGCAUCGAAGAGGUGCACGCGGUACCUGUGGGAGUGCAAUACGCCAGAGGUGAUGAGACAACCUACCAGGUAUUCCAGUUGGCGGACUUGGAGGAGUUAGUGGGCGAAUGCGACAAGUUUUCCAUUUUAAAGGUGUACGUCAAGGACAGAAGGGCAGCCGACCAGAGCUUGCUACACAACGGUACGAUCGACAUCCAGCUCAUCGAUGCUCCUGGCUUGAAUAUGGACUCGUACCAGACCACGGAAGUGUUCUCCAGACAGGAGGAGAUCGACUUGGUAGUGUUCGUGGUGAACGCGGAAAACCACUUCACCUUGUCGGCGCGCGAGUUCAUUGCGGCUGCGGCCAACGAAAAGAACCUUAUCUUCAUCGUAGUGAACCGUUUUGACAACAUCAAAAACAAGGAAAGGUGUGUGCGGCGCAUCAUGGACCAGGUGCACGACUUGUCUCCCGCGACCCACAAGGACGCCAGCGACUUUGUGCACUUUGUGAGUUCCACCCAGGCCCUAGAGGGGGUUCCUGAAGGGGAUGAUGGCCCUCCCGAAGGGGAUGACCAUGAGCCGAACCCCGACUUUGACCGCUUGGAGGAAUCGUUGCGCAAGUUUGUGUUGGAAAAGAGAUCGUUGUCGAAGCUCUCGCCGGCCAAGAACUACUUACUCAAGCUUUUAGAGGACUUGGAGGUGUUGGCAAGGCUCAACGAGAAGAUGUAUGCCCAGGACAAGGAGGAGAUGAUCCAGGAGUUGAACAAGAUUGCACCGAUCUAUGCAUCUGUGCUCAAAUCCAGCGUCAAGGUACACGAAAGAAUCAACAAAUUGACCGAGGACACCGCCUCUGACGUUUACCGGUUCACUAAACAAAAGAUCCUCGAAACACUUGACGAUAUCGGUGAGGCUCCGGUAGUUCCAUACUAUGGGUUGCAAUACUUGUAUGACUAUGCCAACGAGACCCAGAAAGAGAUUACCCGUAAGAUCAUGGAGUCUGUCGCUGUUGGUGAGAGCUAUGCCAAGAAGCAGACUACGCAAACCGUCGAGAGGAUUGGCGAAAUGGGCGCGGAGGCUUUGGGCGGUGAAAGCGCGCCAAAGAAGGUGUUCAGAGACGACUUAAUGUUUACUCGCAAGAGAGACACCAUUAGACGCUCUUUGGAUGAUACUAUCAUCAUUACUGAUUUCUUCGACCCAUCGUUCGACCAUUUCUUUAAUGCCAUUGGCCUCACAGGGCUCUCUUUGAGUGCCUUAGGCCUCCAGAUUCCCACCAUCACCUUGCCGUCGGUCAACUCCUUGAGUAUCCCCAAGAAAGACCAGAUCGUAUUGUGGAAGAACUCGCUCAGUAUUGCCGCCGUUUACUCCACCGGAAAGCUCUUACAUGCCGGCUCGAUGGUGAACAAGUUUGUCAGUGCGUCACUGUUUGUGUCAGGCAGGUUUAUCAGAAGCGCUGCCAUUCCGGUGGUACUCUUGUCUGGUGUGGUUUUUGUCGGGUAUUUGGUCUACGACGUGCCAAACGCCUUUGCGCGAAAUGUAUCUAAAAAGAUCAGACAGCAGGUGAUUGAUUUAGAAUACCCGCACAACAAUGCGGAUCGUGUCGCCAAGGAGUGUCGAGCCGUCUUAAACCAUCCAACGCGAGACGUGUUGAAUGCCUUCCAGACGUCUAUCGAUAAGACCACCAUUCAAAAGGAGAAAAUCUCCAAGAUUGUCAAGGACGCCGACAUCAGCUACACAUACUUCCACGGUUUAUUGGAAAAGGUCACCCGCGAAAAGAAGACGGUCGAGUCCUUCGAUUUGGAAGCCAUUCAAAGCGUUGAAUAAGCACAGACUUACAUUUUUUAUUUAAUUGUCAUCACAUUUAGUUGUCCAUUUCUCAGCAUCCCUGGGAAAGACUCCUUUGCGUGAACGAUUUCGUUACCCCCUGCUAUUUGUAUAUAUGGUCCGGCAGAGGAUAUUUUAUGUCUCCUAAUUUAAUAUAUUUUGUUUCAAACGAUGGCAAUAUUUUAGCGUGCAUUCGCAGAGUUAGUGAAAAUGUGCAUGCGGCUACCGAUGUACACGUCCACAUAUAAGUUGA